ACCCUGUCAAACCAAACGCUUUGUCCUCGUUCUCUUCUUUGCUUCCGUUCGUCUCCGAGAAUGGAUGCUCGACCGCUGAAUUCUCCCCGCGCCCAUUUCGUCAACAUUGGCGAAGUCUUGCCAGAAGAAGAAGUGGAACAAGCGACUACAACAACAGCGAUGAAUGGAGACAACAGACCUGACGGCAACAAGCGCGCCAACCGAGCAUCAAAGCUCCGAGACUCGAGGAGGCAGCAGCGGCCUUUCAGCAGGCAAAUUUCGCUGGAAACGGGGUUCUCGGUGCUCAACAGAGAGAAGAACAACGGCUGCAACAAUGGUGAUGGCGGCGGCGGCGAGAGGAGGGUCCUCUCGAGGAGCGGGCUGAGCUUUGGGGGCUUCGACUCAGCGAUGAAAGGAGCGAGCGGAAGCACGGAUGGAGCGGUGAGGAAGGCGGACUUUAAUUUGUUCAGGACGAAAAGCGCGCUGAGCAAGCAGAACUCGCUGAUGAAGUCGAGGAAGGAGAGAGAGACGGUGGCGUCGGCCUUGCACGAGUACACGCAGAGGGACGAGGGUUUUGCGGGGAACAGGGAAGACGAGUCUGUGAACAGGAGUGUGCCUGCCGGGAGGUAUUUCGCUGCACUUCGUGGACCUGAGCUUGAUGAAGUCAAGGACUUUGAAGACAUCCUCCUCCCAAAGGACCAAACUUGGCCCUUCCUCCUCCGCUUCCCUAUCGGUUGCUUCGGUAUCUGCCUCGGCCUCAGUAGCCAAGCGGUCUUAUGGCGGUCCCUUGCCACGAGCCCGGCCACUCAGUUCCUCCACAUCUCCCCCUUCAUCAACCUCUCGCUCUGGCUCCUCGCCCUUGCCGUCCUAUUCUCCGUAACCGUAACCUACCUCCUCAAGUUCAUCUUCUACUUCGAAGCCGUCCGCCGGGAAUACUUCCACCCCGUCCGCAUCAACUUCUUCUUCGCCCCUUGGGUCGUCUGCAUGUUCCUAGCCAUCGGCGCACCGCCUUCCCUAUUUACCAAACCGCUCCAUCCCGCCAUAUGGUGCACAUUCAUGGCUCCUUAUUUCUUCCUCGAGCUCAAGAUUUACGGGCAGUGGCUCUCUGGGGGGAAGCGGCGGCUUUGCAAGGUCGCGAACCCUUCUUCGCAUCUCUCGGUGGUCGGGAACUUCGUGGGGGCAAUUUUGGCAGCAAAGGUCGGGUGGAAGGAGGCCGCCAAGUUCUUUUGGGCGGUCGGGUUCGCGCAUUAUCUGGUGUUGUUUGUGACUUUGUACCAAAGGUUGCCUACGAGCGAGGCUUUGCCAAAGGAGCUGCACCCUGUUUAUUCCAUGUUCAUCGCGGCUCCUUCCGCCGCGAGCAUCGCUUGGGAUGCCAUUUACGGCGAGUUCGAUGGCUUGUCCGGGACUUGCUACUUCAUUGCCUUGUUCCUCUAUGUGUCGCUGGUGGUGCGGAUCAAUUUCUUCACGGGGUUUAGAUUUUCUGUGGCCUGGUGGUCUUACACAUUCCCGAUGACGACGGUGUCCGUGGCGACAAUCAAGUAUGCCGAGCACGUCCCUUGCACCAUGAGCAAAGGCCUCGCGCUCACCCUUUCGUUCACUUCCUCGGCGAUGGUCGCCCUACUGUUUGUGUCGACGCUCCUCCACGCCUUCGUUUGGCACACGCUGUUCCCCAACGACCUCGCCAUUGCGAUAACCAAGAAGAGGCACGGUGGCAACGGCAAGGAGAAGAAGCCCAUCAAGCGAGCCUACGACAUAAGGCGAUGGGCGAAGCCGAGCUCUCUGCCCUUCGUAUCGGGCAUACGAAAGCAGAGCUCGGGAAGCAAGGACGAGAACGAAGUGGAGUGAAACUCCCGACCGUGGCGGGGUGAAUUCGAAUUUCGAAUCGGGACGGCGAAGGGACUUCAAUUUUGAUCGGAAAGUUGGUGUUGCGCUGAAUAAUGAAGAUGUUAGAUAAAGAGUGUUCUCUAAUUUCAGGUUCUGCUUGAAUGAAUGACAUUUAUACUUGAAGU